GGUUACGCCGGGGCCUCCUCUGUCGCAGAGAGGAAGGCGGGCCGACACCCGGCCCGCUAGGGAGUUGCCACAGUUGGCAGCCCGGGGCCAGUGGGGACGCUUCUCUGCACGCGGCCUGGAGCUGAGGGUGGGGACCCAGAGCGCAGCCUGAGGCCGGGGUCUCCGCCAUGGCCACGGCCAGGCCUCCCGGGCGCAGCUGCGGAGCCCUGCCCCGGUGGCUGCUCGCUGCUGCGCUGCUGCUGGGCCUGCGGCUCUGCAUGGAGUUGCACCGUGCCGGCUCCGGAUCCCCCGGCCGCAGCGAUCCCCCGGGGCCGCCCCGGCCGCACCUGCUGCCCGCACCCGGCCCUCCGCGCAACGCCAGAAGGAGGCAGGUGACCUACGUGCGCAGCGGGCGCCGUGCAUUGCCCCGGGGUGGCGGGAGCACGACGCUGGAGCCGAGCUGUUGCACCCCACGCGAGCUUCCCCGCAGGAAGGGUCCCCGGUGGCAUAUAGAGCUCCAGCCUUGGGCAGGCCCUGCUCAGUCCCUGGAUGAAGAAGCCUCGAGGUUCCUGAGCUACAUCAGCACCACUCAGAUUGCAUGUGAUCACAUGGGUACAAACAGCUUGGCUGCUGACUCCAGCCCUGCAACGAAGCCCUGGCUGGUGUGUCUUGAUGACAGGUUUGGCUUAGCUCAUCAAAUCCGCAGCAAGCGGUGCCGCCUCUACUCCUUAGGGCUGGGCAAUGAUGACACACACUUUGAGGUGAGCAUGGCCAAUGACGGAUGUGAAGUGCAUCGUUUCGAUCCUAGUGUCAAAUCAGCCCACAUUCUGGAGAGCCAGCGCCUCUGGCAUCACCGCUUGUCCAUUGACUGGCGGGAUCCACAUCCGGCUGUGGCUGCUCAAAAGCUACACAGCAACACCAGAAAACUGGGAAGCAUUUUGAAUGAAUUUGGGCAUCACAAGGAGUGGGUGGAUUUGUCUCCGUCUUGCCGUUUUGACAUGGUUUGCAGAGUGGGAACCAAAUGCACCUGGAGGGAUUAGAGGUGCUCCAGAAGUUCCCUUUGUAUGCUGUCCGCUUCUGAGAGAGACGAUGGGUCCGCUGUGCAGCUUCAACGUGGAGAGUCAUGUGACUCUGCACUUGCUUUAUGUGUCUUUAAUAAAAGCAUACAGCCUUUGACAGUAGAAAGCAGAGCGUUUGC